ACCAGCGCUAGCGUCUCACACAGCCCUCCUAGAAGCGCAGUUGUGAGAGAGUAUAAUCAGUCUCUUUAUCCUUAUUUCAAGCCCUUUAGAAGCAGCGUCAGGAAACAUGGGCCGUUCUUUCUGAUCCCACCCUCACCCUGUGCCCAUGUGCGCCUGGCCACGAAAUUUCCAAAAAGGCACACUCCCAACGCACUUGACAGGGCGCCCGCGGUUUCCUCUGCUGCGCACAGAGCAGCAGCAGCUAACCAUCGACUUUUGGAGCGUGAGUGUAUCUCAGUGCACGUUGGUCAGGCUGGUGUCCAAAUUGGCAAUGCCUGCUGGGAGCUUUACUGCCUGGAACAUGGCAUCCAGCCGGACGGACAGAUGCCCAGUGACAAGACCAUCGGUGGAGGAGACGAUUCCUUCACCACCUUCUUCAGUGAGACUGGAGCUGGAAAGCACAGCCCGAGGGCUGUUUUUGUCGACCUGGAGCCUACUGUCAUCGAUGAGGUGCGUACUGGGACCUACCGCCAGCUGUUCCACCCUGAGCAGCUGAUCACCGGCAAGGAGGAUGCUGCCAACAACUACGCCCGUGGACACUACACCAUCGGCAAAGAGAUCAUCGACCUGGUGCUGGACCGGAUCCGCAAACUGGCUGACCAGUGCACUGGCCUUCAGGGCUUCCUGGUUUUCCACAGCUUCGGAGGUGGCACCGGCUCUGGUUUCACCUCCCUGCUGAUGGAGCGUCUGUCUGUCGACUACGGCAAGAAGUCCAAGCUGGAGUUUUCCGUCUACCCAGCUCCCCAGGUGUCCACCGCUGUGGUGGAGCCCUACAAUGCAAUCCUGACCACCCACACCACCCUGGAGCACUCUGACUGUUCUUUCAUGGUGGACAACGAGGCCAUCUAUGAUAUCUGCCGUAGGAACCUCGAUAUCGAGCGUCCUUCUUACACCAACCUCAACAGGUUGAUCAGUCAGAUUGUGUCCUCCGUCACUGCCUCCCUUCGUUUCGACGGUGCCCUCAAUGUUGAUCUGACAGAGUUCCAGACCAACUUGGUGCCAUAUCCCCGUAUCCACUUCCCUCUGGCCACCUAUGCCCCUGUCAUCUCUGCUGAAAAGGCUUUCCAUGAGCAAAUAACAGUGGCAGAAAUCACAACUGCCUGCUUUGAACCAGCCAACCAGUUUGUGAAAUGUGACCCUCGCCACGGCAAAUACAUGGCCUGCUGCCUUUUGUAUCGUGGUGAUGUGGUGCCCAAAGAUGUAAAUGCUGCCAUUGCCACCAUUAAAACCAAGCGCUCCAUCCAGUUUGUGGACUGGUGCCCCACUGGUUUCAAGGUGGGCAUCAACUACCAGCCGCCCACUGUAGUUCCUGGUGGAGACCUGGCCAAGGUCCAGAGGGCUGUGUGCAUGCUGAGCAACACCACUGCUAUUGCAGAGGCCUGGGCUCGGCUUGACCACAAGUUUGAUCUGAUGUACGCUAAGCGUGCCUUUGUUCACUGGUAUGUGGGUGAGGGGAUGGAGGAGGGAGAGUUCUCUGAGGCCAGAGAGGACAUGGCAGCUCUGGAGAAGGAUUAUGAGGAGGUGGGAGUCGACUCUAUUGAGGGGGAGGGAGAGGAGGAAGGAGAGGAAUAUUAAAAGGUGCUAGUUAAACAGGAAACAAUUUAAUUUCAUUCCUCAAAUACGUUCCAAAAAAUGUUUGUCUAUUCACUUCCAGCUUGGCUGUUCAAAAUGAAACUGAUAAUGUUAAGUUAAUGUGAUAGGAAGGGCCAGAGAGGACAUAGGCAGGUUGUUGGUUUGGAGUUCAUUCAAGGGUGAUGAAGAGGAUUAUUGAAAGGGACAAAGCACUAGUUAAACAGGAAACUGUUGCUUCAAAUUAAAUGCAUUCCACUGAAAUUGUCAUUCCAAAAAAAUGUUAAGUUGGUUUGAAAUAAAUUUCCUGUAACAAAAA